AUGUCGCUCAAGCAAGAGUCACUCAACAAGACGUUUGGUGGAGAGCUGCGCAAGUACAGCUACCAAUCGCAAGCUCUCGGAGGCCUCACCACCAACCUCAACGUCUUUUUACCUCCUACCGCCAUUGGUGCCUCUGCCAAGCCAGCGCCCGUGCUCUACUACCUUGCAGGAUUGACAUGCACCGAGGACAAUGGCGCUCAAAAGGGUGGCAUGUUCGGUGCGGCUGCUUCGCACGGCAUCGCGCUCGUCUUUCCCGACACCAGCCCUCGCGGUGCCAAUAUUGAAGGAGAGGAUGAGAGCUGGGACUUUGGAACGGGUGAGUGUAUGCGUAUCAGCUCCAGCACUUGCUUGCCACUGAGCCUGCACUGACAACUUCUCGCUUUGCCCUUGCUCGCUCUACUGCCCCUCAGGUGCUGGAUUUUACGUGAAUGCUGACAAGGCCCCUUGGAACAAGCACUACAACACGUACGACUACGUCGUGAGAGAGAUUCCAGCCAAACUCUCGGAAGCUGGCUUGCCCAUUGUGAGUGUUGGCACUCGGCCCAUCGUCUUGCAACUCUGCUCACGUAUAUUACGUGCACUCACACUAUGGACAUCGAAAGGCGGUCGAGAAGGCCUCGAUCUUUGGUCACUCGAUGGGAGGUCACGGCGCGCUGUCCAUCUACCUUCGGGAAGCGGGCAAGUACAAGUCAGCUUCGGCCUUCGCGCCCAUCUCGCACCCAACUGCCUGUCCGUGGGGCGAAAAGGCUUUCUCGGGCUACUUCAACGACGCCGCAAAAGGCAAAGAGCACGAUUCCACCGAGCUCAUCUCUCAGACUGGUGGGCCUUCCAAGCGCCAGCUGAACAUCCUGAUCGAUUCGGGUACGGGCGAUAACUUUUACAAGCAAAAGCAACUGCUACCCGAGGACUUUGAAGCUGCUGCUAGGAAAGCUGGGUACGAUGCAAAGGACGUCAAUGUGAGAUUGCAGGAAGGCUACGAUCACUCUUGUGAGUAAAUGUUUCGGGAGAACUUCCAGCUCAGCUGUGCAUGAUACUGUGCAUGCUGAGAGCCCAUCUCAUGAAACGUUCACCCACCUCCAGACUUCUUCAUCUCGACAUUUGCUGGAGAGCACAUCAAUUGGCACGCAAAAUUUCUGACGGCUUAG